AUUCUUUUGAAACUGACUCAUCAAUCAAAGUACAGCAAACGUGGACAAAUAGGAUAAUUGUAACUAAUAAUUACUGAUAAGUAUUAUCUACUUUCAAGUAUAUAAAGUGAUGACAAUCGCCAUUAUCAGUUUCUGUCGGAUUAUAAAACUGUCAGUAAGCGAAAUGAAGCUGUUCCUAGCACUUGCGUUUGUCGCUGUGGCGGCUGCUCUCCCCGAGCCACUCCGCCUACCAACCGCUGCCAUACCUGAGGUGGUAGAACAGAACGAACUCAAGGUCGACGCUGUUAAAUUCGUAGAUUCUCCACAAGAUGUUACUCAAGAUGCCAAAGAUAUCGCAGUGGAUGCCGUGAGGUUCGUCGAUUCGCCUCAAGCACAAAACACCCAACCUGAAGCUCUCAAGUUCGUUAAUGUAGCUGAACUUGCCCGUGACGAAGUACUAGUAGACGCCGUAAGGUUCGUCGACUCACCUCAACCUGGAGAAUCCCAAGCUGAUAAAGUUAAGAUCGCUGAUGCACCAGCUCCACAAGCCGAAAUUGACGCAGUUAAAUUCGUCAACUCCCCUCAACCCGAGGAAUCCCAAGCUGAAUCAGUCAAGAUUGCUCACGCACCAGCCCCACAAGCCGAAAUCGACGCAGUCAAAUUCGUCAACUCCCCUCAGCCUGAAGAAACCCAAGCUGACUCUGUCAAGAUUGCUCACGCACCAGCUCCACAAGCCGAAAUCGACGCAGUCAGAUUUGUGGACUCCCCUCAUCAACCUGAAGAAAACCAAGCCGACACAGUCAAAGUUGUUCAUGUCCCACUUGAAGUUGCUUCUCCUCAAUUUCAAGAUUUAAAAUUCAAUGCUGUCAAGUUUGUAGACUCCCCCGCCGAGGAAAUCCUCAGAGAACCCGAAUUUAAAGUGAAAAUAGCAGACUUGCCUGCUCCUAUUCAGCUCCCCACCGCUGGUUUGCCUGUGGUCAGAGAGGGCCAGUAUAAUCACGUAAAGUUCGUUAACUUUCCCCCAGCUGUAGAAAGCUCACCACUGACGCUACCAAUCUUGCCAAUGUUUGACACUGAUAUGAUGGCAAUACCUCAACAGAUCAUGGACCUAAUCAGAGCUGCUGAACAAAGCAAGUUCAGACCUAAGGUUUUCGUUGAUCCCAUGUUGAGAUAAAGAGAGAUUGAGUUGAGAAAAGAAACAGAACUAAAAAGUAUAAAUAGCAAAAUUUUUCGAUUAUUCUGUGCCUGUUUAUAAUGCAAGAUCAAUUUGCGACCAUAAUAUCUUAGUCUUUUUUAACUUGAAUUAAAAACUGUUUACAUUUUUAAGCAUU